AUGAUAACGCGUGUGGCUGGGGGCGAGAUGCCCUGUUGCCAACGUGCGGGUGAGGGAAACUCGUGCUGCAUUCUCAUUGGUCGGGUGCCCGGCAGUCAAUGGGCGUCAACUUGGUGGUCUCAACAGGUGGUUAUGAGGUCUCUCUUACAGUCGCCUGCCUUCAAAAAUCACUUCGUCACCAUGCGGAUGCCUUGUUGGAUCUAUUUACUGCUCCUGUCUCUUUUCUCGGCGGACAUUGUCAAAGCUAUUAAGUGGCUAGGUCUUCACCGCUUUCCGCGGACGAAAUCCCUUGAGAAGGAGCGCUUUACCUCGAACGAGUGCACUUUAGCGAAGUAUCGAUACGGUCUGGGGCGAAAACAGCUGCUUUUCUGCCAACACCCCGAAGGCGGCUUUGCGAUGCACGCCAUUUUCAAAUCCGCUCAAGCAGUGGCCUACUACUGUCCGCAGAUCUUCAAAGAUAGACGGUGGAACUGUUCCUCUGUUGAGCAUCUUCCGAGAGCAACUCCUGACAUAACUAGAACUACCCGCGAAAAAGCCGCCAUGCACGCACUUGCUAGUGCCGCGCUCAUGUUUGAGAUAGCUCGUCGAUGCGCAGAAAACAAGAUCGUGGACUGUGAGUGCGGUCGAGUGGGCAGUUGGGACGUUCCUCCACAACCCCACCAAGUUGAAGACCAAGGCGUCCCAGACAACGGCCAAAUCGCGAACACGCCCAUUCAGUACCAUUGGGGAGGGUGUUCGGACAACGUAGACGUAGCAAGGGCUUACGCGCAAGCGUUUCUUGGAUUUCCCAUUGAGAAAACGCCACCAAGGAGGAAAAGCAGGCUUGCAAUGGGUACUUACAACCCCUACAGGAGAAUACCAAGGCAAGCGCCGAACAGGAAUGGAAAAGAGAGUUCAGUGAAGAAGAUAAGGCGCAUUGUUAACUUGCACAAUUACAAAGCUGGUUUUAAACUCAUUGAAGACGCACAAAAGAUAAGGUGUAAGUGCCAAGGAGUCAGUGGGAGUUGCGCUCACAAGAUCUGCUUUCGACAGUUGCUCCGAGUGGAUUCACCGCAGCUGCAAGAAAUGAUCCUCCAACGAUAUAUGGCGGCCCAACACGUAUCGGUGGAAUAUGGAAACCUCCUAAUCGCCAAAGAGUAUGAUUACGGUGCGUACGCCCCGCGAGUUAUUCACUACGGCGAACUGGCCUUCACAGAACACUCGCCAGAUUUCUGUGAAGCAGAUCCCCGACUUGGCUCCGUUGGAACGAAGGGAAGGUGA